GCACGGGGCCUAGGUGGCGGUGACACCCGCUAGGCUCCUUUUCCGCCCAGGCAGGUACCUAGUUGAUAGUCGCUGGUUCAAACAGUGGAAAAAAUAUGUUGGCUUUGACAGCUGGGACAAAUACCAGAUGGGAGACCAGAAUGUGUACCCUGGGCCCAUUGACAACUCUGGACUUCUCAAAGAUGGCGAUGCCCAGUCACUUAAAGAACAUCUAAUUGAUGAAUUGGAUUACAUACUGUUGCCAACUGAGGGCUGGAAUAAACUUGUCAGCUGGUACACACUGAUGGAAGGUCAGGAACCAAUAGCACGCAAGGUGGUGGAACAGGGCAUGUUUGUGAAGCACUGCAAAGUGGAGGUGUACCUCACGGAGCUGAAGCUCUGCGAGAAUGGGGGCGUGAGCAACGUGGUGACGCGAAGGUUCAGCAAAGCUGACACAAUCGAUACAAUUGAAAAGGAAAUAAGAAAAAUCUUCAGUAUUCCAGAUGAAAAGGAGACCAGAUUGUGGAACAAAUACAUGAGUAACACGUUUGAGCUGCUGAGUAAGCCAGACAGCACCAUCCAGGACGCUGGCUUAUACCAAGGACAGGUGUUAGUGAUAGAGCAGAAAAAUGAAGAUGGGACAUGGCCGAGGGGUCCUUCCGCGCCCAGGUCCCCAGGUGCAUCCAAUUUUUCAACUUUACCAAAGAUUUCUCCUUCAUCUCUAUCAAAUAAUUAUAACAACAUCAACAACAGAAAUGUGAAAAACUCAAAUUAUUGUCUCCCAUCAUACACUGCUUAUAAGAACUAUGAUUAUUCAGAACCUGGAAGAAACAAUGAGCAGCCAGGCCUCUGUGGCCUAAGUAACUUGGGAAAUACCUGUUUCAUGAACUCAGCUAUUCAGUGUUUGAGCAACACACCUCCACUUACUGAAUAUUUCCUCAAUGAUAAAUAUCAAGAAGAACUGAAUUUUGACAAUCCCUUGGGAAUGAGAGGUGAAAUAGCUAAAUCUUACGCCGAAUUGAUCAAGCAAAUGUGGUCUGGAAAAUUCAGCUACGUCACACCAAGAGCCUUUAAGACGCAGGUGGGGCGUUUUGCGCCGCAGUUCUCCGGGUACCAGCAGCAGGACUGCCAGGAGCUGCUGGCCUUCCUGCUGGACGGACUCCACGAGGACUUGAACAGAAUCAGGAAAAAGCCGUACAUCCAGCUCAAAGAUGCCGAGGGGCGGCCUGACAAGGUGGUGGCCGAGGAAGCCUGGGAGAACCAUCUGAAACGAAACGAUUCUAUCAUAGUCGACAUAUUUCACGGCCUUUUCAAAUCAACCCUCGUCUGUCCUGAGUGUGCCAAGGUUUCGGUGACUUUUGACCCUUUCUGUUACUUGACACUCCCACUGCCUAUGAAGAAGGAGCGCACCUUGGAGGUUUAUCUAGUCAGGACGGAUCCACUCGCCAAACCUAUGCAGUACAAAGUAGUUGUCCCCAAAAUCGGAAAUAUACUGGAUCUGUGUACGGCGCUGUCUGCUUUGUCGGGAGUACCUGCAGACAAGAUGAUAGUUACUGAUAUAUACAAUCAUAGAUUUCACAGAAUAUUUGCAGUGGAUGAAAACCUUAGUAGUAUUAUGGAACGAGAUGAUAUUUAUGUAUUUGAAAUCAAUAUCAAUAGGACGGAAGAUACGGAGCAUGUGAUUAUUCCUGUUUGCCUACGAGAAAAAUUUAGACACUCGAGUUAUACCCACCAUACUGGCUCUUCUCUUUUCGGUCAGCCUUUUCUCGUGGCUGUACCCCGAAACAACACUGAGGAUAAGCUGUAUAAUCUCCUCCUGGUGAGAAUGUGUCGAUAUGUCAAAAUAUCUACUGAAACCGAAGAAACUGAAGGAUCCCUACACUGCUGUAAGGACCAAAACAUUAACGGGAACGGCCCGAACGGCAUCCAUGAAGAAGGCUCCCCAAGUGAAAUGGAAACAGAUGAGCCGGAUGACGAGUCCAGCCAAGAUCAAGAACUCCCCUCUGAGAAUGAGAACAGCCAGUCCGAAGAUUCAGUCGGGGGAGACAACGAUUCUGAAAACGGGUUGUGCACGGAGGAGAGCUGCAGGGGCCAGCCCACGGGCCACAGGAAGCGGCUGUUCACAUUCCAGCUCAACAACUUAGGCAGCACGGACAUCGGCUGCAUCAAAGAUGACGCCAGGCACAUCCGAUUCGACGACAGGCAGCUCAGGCUGGACGAAAGAUCUUUUCUUGCCUUGGAUUGGGAUCCUGAUUUGAAGAAAAGAUACUUUGAUGAGAACGCUGCUGAGGAUUUUGAAAAACAUGAGAGUGUGGAAUAUAAACCUCCAAAAAAACCCUUUGUGAAAUUAAAAGAUUGCAUUGAGCUUUUUACAACAAAAGAAAAGCUAGGUGCUGAAGAUCCUUGGUACUGCCCAAACUGCAAAGAGCACCAGCAGGCCACGAAGAAGCUGGACCUGUGGUCGCUGCCGCCCGUGCUCGUGGUGCACCUCAAGCGGUUUUCCUACAGUCGGUACAUGAGAGACAAGCUGGACACGCUGGUCGACUUCCCCGUCAACGGCCUGGACAUGUCGGGAUUCCUCAUCAACCCCAACGCGGGCCCCUGCCGCUACGACUUGAUCGCGGUCUCCAACCACUACGGCGGCAUGGGCGGCGGACACUAUACUGCUUUUGCAAAAAAUAAAGAUGACGGAAAAUGGUACUACUUUGACGACAGCAGUGUGUCACCUGCAUCUGAAGAUCAAAUUGUGUCCAAGGCCGCCUACGUGCUGUUCUACCAGAGGCAGGACACCUUCAGCGGCACUGGCUUCUUCCCUCUGGACCGGGAGGCGAGAGGUGCUUCGGCCGCCAGCGGCACCCCGCUGGAAAGCGACGAAGAGAGCAAUGACAAUGACAAUGACCUCGAAAACGAGAACUGCAUGCACACUAACUGACGGCCGCGCCGCGAGGGACUGCCCGCCGCGGCGCCCACGCGAUGCCCGCGCCCGCGCCACAGGAGCCGCGCUGGGGAGUGGCCGGCCGGAUGUGCGUCCUCCCCAGAGUCUAACUUGUGCAGUACUUGAAGUGAAACACAAUGAAAACUUUAACAGAAAUUGUCUCUUAAUACAUUUACAGUCUUGUAUUUACAAGCUAAAUAUAUAUAGGAAAUCACAAAUAAAUCCCUUUUAAGUUUGCUGCUGUUUUGAUCAAUUAUGUUUUCUUUGAUUUCUUGGAUGUGAGCUGGCUGAUGACAUGUACCUUUGUGGAUGUUGGUCAUUUAUGUGCUCUGACACCGCAAGAAAACUGCGGCCGGCGGCGUUUCUGGAGCGCCCGGGCGCCACGGCGGCGUCCCCAGCGAGAUCCGCGGGCCUCUCCCAGAAACUGGACCGUGGCGCGAGAACCGGGCUGGAGACAGGCCGUCCCCUUGCGGUGCUGGACAUCCAGGCCGUGCCCCCACCUGCUGCUGUGGAAGCAGGUUCUCCCCUUCACGCUGCGCCUCUUCCCCCCCCCCCCCCCCAGUUAAAUGUAAGCUCUUUCCUGCCAUGGGAAUCUCUGUCUUGGACACUCAGAUUCUUGUUAACUUGCUUUAAAAUGCGUAUCUUUGAGUCUGGUGGUCCAAAUUUUGAAUUUGGCUGUCUGUUCUCCUCUACCCCAUUUUUUGGUAAUUGGGCAACUUUUAGCGCUCCCAGUGGUGUGACAGAGGGCAGACUCGGUAGUGUUCUGUAUCCAUAGUAGUCAUUGCAUCAAGCUUAGGGGAUUUUUUUUCAUGUACUGGCCUUUAAAUCACUGGUGGACAGUUGGCUUCAAGGUAGGUCUGUCACUGCCCUUGUGUGUUCCUGGUGGAUUCACCGUAGCCUUACCGCUUUCUCCGAAGGGGACUCGCAAGGAAGCGCCUUGGCGUGCUCCCGGCGUCGAGCCGCGCGGCACAGCAGGCGUAGAAGCCGCGAAUCUGAUGUUAGGGCUCCACUUUCAGGAUCCAGAAAGCCAAAAAUACGUGUGAACGUUUGAAACCUUUUUCUUUUGCUGCUUUUUCCCUUGAUCUGGUUGGGAGAAUGUGCCGCCCGCCGGCGUCCGGUCCUGCGGCUGGGCAGGGUCCCGCUGCCGGGCGCCUCUGCACACGCCUGCCCGAGAGACCGCUGUGUCCCACUGUCACCCAAGCAGAGUAUGAUGUUCUUCACUUGAACUCAUCGAAUACAGUAGAUUAUAAAUUGUGUAUUGUAAAUAAAAGUUCACUCUGUGAGUGCACAUUUUGGUAAAUUAUUUAUUUAUGUUCUUAGCAUUUAAAAGGAAAAAGGAAAAAACGCACUGGACCGGGAUAAAUAGGUAUGUCGUCAUGGCUUUAUACCUUGGUAGUAAAGCUGGUUUCCAUCCUGGUAUUUUAAAAGCUGCUUGGGUUUUUUCUUUUUUCUUCUCUCUCUCUCUCUCUUUUUUUAAUGUAAACUAACCUCCUGCAUGACAGAGGUUAAAAUUUUGUCUGCACUUGAGUUCACUUGAGUUUACAUUUGAAAUGUGCAUGUUUAUUUAUACAGAUUUCAAUAAAGCUAUUCAAGGCCUUA